CGGUCACUCUCGUCUCUUAGGGCAAUACCGUAGUCCAGGACGAGUGUCUCCAAGAAGGGUUUGCGAGGAGCAGAGGGAAAGCGAAGAGCGAACGAGAAAGAGAAGAGAAGGAAUCCGAGAGCCGAGAGUGGCGAAGAAGGCCUGAGCUGUUCCAUUGGGUUCGAGAGAGCUGGAUCCGGCGAAGCAGUGGUCGCCAUCAGCCGCGAAGUUGGACAAUUCUCGAGGCGAAGUCUGCAGCCAUGCCUCCCAAGGUUGCUGCGAAGGGUAAAGCGGUUGUUGCCGAACGCCCCAUUUUAGGGCGCUUUUCUUCACAUUUGAAGAUUGGUAUUGUCGGACUUCCGAAUGUUGGAAAGUCUACUUUGUUCAACACCUUGACCAAAUUGUCCAUCCCAGCUGAGAAUUUUCCCUUCUGUACAAUUGAGCCAAAUGAAGCUCGUGUGAACAUACCGGAUGAGAGGUUUGAUUGGCUGUGUCAGCUAUUUAAGCCCAAGAGUGAGGUGUCAGCUUUCCUUGAAAUUCACGAUAUCGCUGGAUUGAUCCGUGGAGCAAACGAGGGCGAAGGACUGGGGAACAACUUUUUGUCGCAUAUCCGUGCCGUGGACGGAAUUUUCCAUGUCAUAAGAGCCUUUGAUGAUCCCGAUGUCAUUCACGUCGAAGAUACCGUGGACCCCAUUCGUGAUCUGGAGGUCAUCACACAGGAAUUGCGACUGAAGGAUUUGGAGUUUAUGUCGAGGAAAGUUGAGGAUCUAGAGAAGGCCAUGAAGCGUAGCAAUGACAAGCAGCUGAAAGUGGAGAUGGAGUGCUGCGUGAAGGUCCAAGAUUGGCUAAAGGAAGGCAAAGAUGUGAGAUUGGGUGAGUGGAAGGCCGCUGAAGUGGAGAUAUUGAAUACAUUUCAACUACUAUCAGCGAAAUCUGUAGUCUACCUGGUCAACCUUACAGAGAAGGAUUAUCAAAGGAAGAAAAAUAAGUGGCUUGCCAAAAUUCAUGGCUGGGUUCAAGAACACGGAGGUGAAACCAUCAUUCCGUUCAGUGCCGCCUUUGAACAGAAACUGACGGAUAUGCCUGAAGACGAGGCAGCAAAAUAUUGCAAAGAGAACGAGAUCAUUAGUGCUCUGCCCAAGAUCAUCAAGACAGGAUUCGCAGCUAUCAAUCUCAUUUACUUCUUCACUGCUGGUCCAGAUGAGGUUAAAUGUUGGCAAAUCCGGAAACAGUCUAAAGCGCCGCAGGCGGCUGGUACCAUUCAUACGGAUUUCGAGAAGGGUUUCAUCUGUGCUGAGGUGAUGAAAUUUGAGGACUUGAAGGAGCUUGGAAGUGAGUCUGCUGUGAAGGCCGCCGGGAAGUACAAGCAAGAAGGAAAAUUAUAUGUUGUGCAAGAUGGAGACAUUAUUUUCUUCAAGUUCAAUGUUUCUGGUGGAGGGAAGAAAUGAGAAAUGGUCGUCUUAUAGAAGUAUUGGAUCUAGAAGCUUGUGACAACUGCCUUUGACAAUGACGGAAACGAUGCGACUGAGUUGACGGGCAGCACACACAAGCUCACAAAUUAGUUUCUGACUGCCGCUCACGUAUUAAGAGCCGGCGGGUCCUCACGCUUUGUAGGGUUGGCAGUGAUGGAUAUUUUUUUGCGGAUGAUCUAUGGUAAGAUGUGAGUUUACACUGUCAACAUUGUAUGUGAUUAUGCUAUAUGAAUAUGCCGGAGUUCAUACCACCCCAAAAGGAAAAUGAGGUUGGGGCGAUUUCAAAGUACUCGCAUUUAAUUUAUGGUGUCUU